UAAGCCGCAUCAUGCUCGGUCAGGUUCAAUCAGGUUCGAUUAGGUUCGAUUUUGUUAUACGACAGAAUAACAUUCAAGCUAACUUAAACAUUGUAUAUAAAAUAUACGAAAGUAUUUAAGGAAUAAUAAUAAAUUUCAAUUAUUAAUGAAGACUGCUCCGCAUCAAAGAUUAGUCAUGGUUGGCGAUCGUGACGGAUUGAAAGAACUUUUAAGACGACGAUUGGUGGAAUGUGGAUGGAGAGAUCAGGUUAAAUUAAUCUGCAAAGAAAUAAUAAAAGAACAUGGUCACGAUAUAACUUAUGAUACACUACUUUCUAUGGUUACAAGUAAAGCACGAACACUUGUACCUGAUUCAGUAAAGAAAGAACUACUACAAAAAAUAAAAAAUCAGCUUGUAGCUCAGGAAGAAAAAUUGAAAAUGUAAAAAUCAUACAGAUUA